CACCGUCAGUUUUCGUUAGUCAAAAUGUUGCAAAACUGGUUUAUUCUGUUGCUUGCAGUGACUUCUGUGCUGUGCUUCCCAAAUUGGUUAGAAACGAAGAAAUUCAAGGUUGGGAUUGAAUAUGAAAAUUCCCUACCAAUGAAAGGUGGUUCAGACAGAUAUCGGCACAGGAACAACUAUGACCCUUUCUUCGUCACCAUUCAUGCCGAAUCCAAGAAAGGCUUCGUGAUCACAUACCUGCAAGUGACAGCAACAGUUGACUUCGGAGGGAAAGUGGAUUUAAAAGUCAUCCAAGGUCAAACUGGAUCCAAAACCAUGAUCUUCCAGCUGGUCUCCAACCAUACAGAUUUCCUCUCAUACUCAUAUCUGACUUACGGGAUUCGAGAAGACGAGUAUAAAAAGAUGGCUAACAUCAUCACGCUUCCACGACCGACAAAUAAAGGGACAAUGCUACAAACCACUGGAUUUAGUAUAGUUACAUUAUUAUCUUUAAUUAUGUGUUUGUUAUAAUAUUAAGACAAAGAUGGUUCCCUGUUAAUUCGCUUCACUUUUUACCAUAAUAUUAUAAUCUAAUUUUUCUGUUGAUAAAUCGGUAAGACUUAUGCAUAAUUUCAUUCGCAAUUUAGUUCGCACAGCCAACACAGCUCCUAUAGCUAUUUAAUAACUCCCAAAGCUUUUCGCAUAGUUUGUGGCCUGCACACAAGUAAUGACAAAUAUGAAAAACUGCGUCGACUACGCGGACUAAGCUAAACUAACUCAGAGGCGUACGCGUUCGGCGCUCUGAUUGGUUGGUUCAUUGGCGCCGACCAAUCAGAGUGCCGAACGCGUACUCGUUUCGAAUACUUUAAACGGAAAUCAAACUCAUACUAAGGCCUCAGCUUAGCUCUUGGUCUGCAAUCCACAUUAAGCGAAGUGAUACCAAGGGUACUACUUAUGAAUAAUUUUUCGUUCGUAUUCUUUUAAGUCUUAAUAAAUUUGUACUUAGAAAUUAAGGAAAUGUUUGUUACGUAAAUAUAUUAUCAACAUAUUAUAAUAAUUUCA